AGAUGUGUCCAUUCUGAUUUUCAUAUAAUCUGUGCUAGUACUAACUGUCGCGUAAUAUAGAAGUCUGUGAUCGACAAUAAUAAACAAAUUACUUCAUAUCCCGGUUGUUGUUAUAGCUCACAUAAUAUAUCUAAAACCGUGCUCAAUACUUAUGACCUGUCGCAAUUCAGUGAAUUCACCUGCCAGUUGCAACUCAACCCAUAUUACGGUAUGUUUUAUACCCAACCUACAAGACUAAUACAAAAGACUAAUCUACCACAAGGGCCAUAGAAUCCUCCUGUAACUAUUAUGAGUAAUACUCACAAUUCCUAUGGGCAAUCUCCCAUCAUGCAGUCUCAACCAUUGGAUAUUGCCCCUAAUACACAACGUUUCCAACAAGUAUCCCAGCAACCAUCAACUACUCCAAUGAAAAUCACUGAAGCAUCACAAGGGCCACCAGAUUUAAUCAUAUUAAAAGUUCAAUCUAUUUUGAAUGAAAUAACUCCUGAUAAUAUACCUUCAAUAACUGAGCGUUUUAAGGCAUUGCCAAUUGACACUAUAGAGCGUCUAGAGAAAACUAUUGAUUUAGUUUUUGAAAAGGCAAUAGAAGAACAAUCUUUUGCACCUCUUUAUUCAUCUUUAUGUUUGGCUAUGCAAUAUGUACAAGUUAGUUCUAAAGAUGGUAAAACAGCAUCUUUUAAGAAAUUAAUAAUAAGUAAAUGCCAAAGCUUAUUCGAACUAGACAAAGCCCAAAAAAUGGAUUCUGCUAAGAAACUCACUGAAAUCAAUUCUUGCGAAGACCCAGAAAAGAAAAAAGAACUUAAACUAAAAUUUGAAGAAAAUAAAAGAAGAAUACACAAACGUUCUAUAGGCAAUUGCCGAUUUAUGGGUGAACUAUUUAAACGAAAAAUUCUUACUCCAAAUGUUAUGUUGUAUUGCAUCGUGAAUUUAAACACUAAAUAUGAUGAAGAAGCACUAGAGUGUUUAUGCAUUUUAUUAAAGACAGUUGGAAAAGAAUUAGAACAAUCUUACGAUUUAAAUGAUACUUUUGACAAACUAACGGCAUUAACAUUCAGCGACAGGAAAUCCAAGAUUUCAUCUAGAAUACAAUUCAUGAUACACAAUGUCAUCGAUUUACAUAGGCACAAAUGGAUAAAUAAAAAACAAAAUCGUCAAAAUGACAAUGAGUGGAAUGUUGUUCAAAAUAAUACAAAGUAUAGGCAACCAAAUUACCAAAUUGACCAGUCCAAACUACAAGGUUUUAAGGACAACCCAUCUGUUUUAACAUUAGGCCCACCUAAAUGGUCAUUUACCACGGGUAAAAACAUGACAUUUACUAGCAAUAACACAUACGCAGUUCUUAAUGAUGAUAAAAAGUCAUCAAAUUCUCCACAGAUUAUGUCAAAUAAGAACACAUCGAGGAAGCCUGUUAUAUCAGAAAGUGAAGAAAGACAAAGAAUGAUGUCUGGUGUAGCGAGUAUGAUGCCUCAAUUUGCUCAAUCCACGCCUUCAAUAAAUUCUUCUAAUUCAUCACAGCCAAAAGAAACAGUUGAAGAACCAGUGUCGGAAUUGGACUCAAAUAUAGCAAAUAAAAUUAAUAUGAAAUGUAAAAACAUUCUUCUUGAAUAUGAGCAAAUGCAAAAUUUUGAUGAUAUAAUUUAUUCAUUAUCGGAAGAUGAAACUUCGGUGAUCCGCACAAGGCAUGAAGAAUUUGUAACAUCAAUGUCACUUAUAACUUUAGAUAGUAGUCCAAUUACCCGAACAACGGUAACAGGAAAAAUUUUUGCAGAACUUUUAUCUAAGAAAAUUCUUUCUAUGGAUGCCAUAACUCGAGGAAUUGAUGCUGUCCUUAAAGAUUGGAAUGAUUAUUUGAUGGACUACCCUCAAUUUUUCUCCUAUAUUGCUGCCAUAAUUGCUCCAUUAUUAUUAUCACAGGAUGCUUCCUUUGAUUUUAAUAAUUUAAAAGAUUCUUGUACAUCAAUACGACCUGACAAUUCUAGUAAAUUUUUCACAGAAGUAUUAAAUAAAAUUCUUAGUUCCAAGGAAACACAAAACAUUAAAGAACAACUAGGUGGUAUAUUGUGGAUUUACAAUAAGUGGAAUGCGUCAGAAAAUGUUACUCUUGACGUAUUUAUGCCUAAUAACCAUAUAAAUAAAUAUUUAAACAAAGACCAAAUCGGAAUAUUGAUUUUAUCUAUUGCCAUUUAUGAUAAAAUGAAGCUGACUAAUAAUAAACUACUGUACAAUAUAUUGCAAAGCUGGAUAUGUACUAAUAUCAGUGAAGAAAUAAUAGAAAACCCUUUUUUUGUGAAAUUAUUAACUAUAGCUAUUCUUAUUGUAUGUUUGAAGUUAAAUCAUUCAUAUGAGGAUUUCUUUGAUCCUGUUCACGUGAAAUUGUUGAGCCAUUUUAUUGAAUUUGAACCACUCCCAGUACAUGAUAUCCAGGCACGAGAAGUACAAUGUAUGUACGGCAUUCAAAUAAUGUCUGCUACUCUUAAACAUCCUGGAGGAAUGGUAUUAAAACUGUUCAAUAAGCUCUAUCAUCAUAGAGUUAUAAGUAAAGAAUCAUUUGAACUAUUCAUACAAGAAUAUGAAGAAAUAACUGAAAAAUAGACUGUGGAUUUUCAUCAAUCAAUAAAAAAUAACUGUUUUCUAAAUUACAUUUUUUUAUUAAUGAAUUUUUAUUUUGUAUUGUUGGUUUUAUUUAAUAGUUUAUAUUAAAGCUGUCUCCAUAAUAAGAAAAUAAUAUGAUCUACAUUUUAUAUUUGUUGGCCUUCUACUAUUUUUAAUGACACAAUUGUUACUAAUUAAUUAUGGUUUAUGAUAUUAUAAUAUGGUAUAAAUAUAGAAAUUAUGUUAUUUCAAAAUUAAA